AUAUUCGUGUUCUGUGUUUUCAAGUUUCAAGACGUUUCUCCAAGUGUCAGAUCAUCGUUGAAGUGUUGGGGUUAUUCAUGCAUUAGAUAGUUUUAUUUUUAAAUAUCACCCCUAAAAUUGAAGUUGAAAUAAAUUGAGAAGAUGGAAAUCAGAAAAACUAUUGAAUUACUUCGGGCUACUAUAGACCCAAAUCAGCGUCAGCAAGCUGAGACUCAAUUAGAUCAGAUACACAAAAUCAUAGGAUUCGCUCCUACAUUACUUCAAAUUGUCAUGAUGGGGGAUUGUGAUAUGCCUAUUAGGCAAGCGGGCGCUAUCUAUCUCAAAAACUUGAUAAAUAAUAGUUGGCAGGAAAGGGAGGCUGAAUCUGGACAGCCUUUGCCCUUUUGUAUUCACGAACAAGAUCGAGCGUUGAUAAGGGACAGCAUUGUUGAUGCGGUUGUGCAUGCACCAGAUCUUAUUCGGACACAGUUAUGUACAUGUGUCAACACCAUGGUGAAACAUGAUUUUCCUGGAAGAUGGACCCAAAUUGUCGAUAAAAUAAGUGUUUAUUUGUCCAACCCCGAACCAAAUGGUUGGCUUGGGGCAGUUUCAUGCAUGUACCAGUUAGUUAAAAUAUUUGAAUACAAAAAAAUGGAGGAAAGGAGACCAUUGCAUGAGGCCAUGAACUUGUUGUUACCCCAGCUCUAUCAACUUAUUGUACGCUUGCUUCCGGAUAACUCUGAACAGUCAGUUCUUUUGCAGAAAGAAUGCCUCAAGGUAUACUUUUCAAUAGUUCAGUAUAUACUACCACUUGACAUAAUCACUAGAGAGACUUUCACGCAAUGGAUGGAAAUAUGCAGACAAGUUAUAGAAAGACCUGUACCACCUCAGGCUUUUGAGCCUGAAGAAGACGACAGACCUGAUCUGCCAUGGUGGAAAUGUAAAAAAUGGGCCCUACAUAUAAUUUAUAGAAUGUUUGAAAGGUUUGGUUCCCCAGGACAUGUUAGCAAGGAAUAUAACACAUUUGCCGAUUGGUAUCUUUCUACCUUCAGCAAUGGUAUCUUAGAGGUUCUCUUGAAACAGUUAGAUUCUUAUAGAGGUGGCACAUGGCUGCCACCUAGAUGCCUACAACAAACUCUCAACUACUUGAACCAGGCAGUGACACUUGCUCAUACCUGGAAAAUUUUGAAACCACAUAUGGCAGCUGUUAUUCAAGAUGUAUUGUUCCCUCUUCUCUGCUAUACCGCUGAGGAUCAUGAGCGUUGGACGCUGGAUCCACAUGAGUAUAUAAGGAUCAAAUUUGACGUAUUUGAGGACUUUGUUUCACCUGUCAAUGCAGCUCAAACACUUCUGCACUCUUGCUGUAAAAAACGUAAAGAAGUAUUACCAAAAACAAUGGUUUUCCUGACGCAAGUUCUGACCAAUAAUCAGACAGAGGCGCCCCAGAAAGACGGUGCUCUGCACAUGAUUGGUUCUUUGGCGGAUAUACUUUUGAGAAAAAAAUUGUACAAGGAGCAAUUGGAUCAAUUCUUUGUGAAAUUCGUUUUCCCAGAAUUCAACUCUGACAGGGGGCACUUGAGAGCUAGGGCCUGCUGGAUUCUUCACAAUUUUGCAGAGCAUGAGUUUAAACAAGAUGAUAUAUUGGUGGAAGGUGUCAACCUGGUUAUUAAAUCGUUAUUGUAUGACAAGGACCUUCCGGUGAAGGUAGAAGCAGCAAUUGCCCUGCAGUCACUCUUAAGCUAUCAAGAAAAAGCAUAUAAACAUGCAGAACCUCAGAUCAAAGAUAUUUCCCUUGAAUUGCUUUCAAUCAUACAUGAAACAGAGAAUGAAGAUGUUACGGGCGUAAUGCAAAAAAUGGUGUGUAUUUACACCCAGCAUCUCAUUCCCAUUGCUUCGGAAAUUUGUGGACAAUUGGCGAGAACAUUCACACAGGUGGUGGAAAACGACGAUAUACAAGACGAAAAGGCGAUAGCAGCGAUGGGUAUUUUAAAUACAAUAGAGACUCUAUUGACUGUGUUGGAAGAUAGUCCUGAGGUAGUCAAAGUUUUGGAACCGACAGUUUUGCAAAUUGUUGUAAAUGUUUUGCAAAAUGAGAUGCAUGAGUAUUAUGAAGAAGUGCUCGCCUUGGUGUAUGAUUUGACGAGCAAACAUAUAUCGGAAGACAUGUGGAAAGUGUUCGAGUUGAUGUAUCAGGUGUUCAUGAAAAAUGGUAUGGAUAAUUUCAUAGAUAUGAUGCCAGUUUUACACAAUUACAUCACGGUGGAUAAAGAAGCAUUUUUGUCUGAUACUAAGCGUCUAUUAGCUGUUUACAACAUAUGUAAGGAAGUUCUCGAUAGUGGCUCUUUGGGAGAAGAUCCAGAAUCUCAUGCAGCUAAAUUACUUGAAAUUUUACUUUUAACAUAUUUAAGGCAAAUUGACCAAGCAGUACCUAUGUUGGUGGAAUUGGCGGCAACCAGAUUAUUAAGACAGGUCAAAACGAGCGAAUUGAGGACAAUGUGUCUGCAAGUGUUGAUAGCCGCACUUUACUACAAUCCCCAAAUUCUUUUCACAGUGCUUGAAGGCAUUCCAGAUUUCACCAAGCAUUUCAUCAAACAAUGGUUGUGCGAUGCUGAUUGUUUCUUAGGUAUCCAUGACAGGAAAAUGUGCGUUAUCGGUAUCUGCACGCUGAUCAGUCUUCCAAAUAAACCACCGGCUCUCGUCGAAGAGGCACAGAAAAUUGUGCCUUCUUUGAUCAUGAUCUUCGAGGGGCUCAAGAGAGCUUACACCGCUAAAGCGUUGGAAAAUGGGGAAGAAGAAGAUAGUGAAAGCUCUGAUGAUGAUUUCGAAGAAGUUCUUAGUUCAGACGAAGACGAUAUCGAUGAUGAAGGACAAGAUUAUCUAGAAUCUCUAUCGAAGAAGGCAGUUAGUGCAGGAACUAAUGCUGGAUUGCCCAUUAAUGCAACAAUUAACGAUAUAGAUGAUGGCUCUGAUGACGAUGACUCUGAUUAUAAAGUAACAGAUGAAACAGUCUUGGAAUCAUACUCUACUCCUCUGGAUGAGGAAAACUGUGACUUGGAUGAAUUUAUCCUCUUCAAAGAUGUUAUGUCUAGAUUAGAAACUUCUGAACAAGAAUGGUAUAAUAAACUUUUGUCUUGUUUAAAUGAUCAACAGAAGAAGGCCCUCAUGGAUAUUUGUGUUCUGGCAGAUCAGAGGCGUGCUUUCAGAGAAAGUAGAAAAAUCGAACAACAAGGAGGUUAUGUUUUUACCCAGCAGGCUGUACCAACAACUUUCAAAUUUGGAGAUUCUAGUUUGGGAUAAUCUAAAAUUUUAUUUAUUCUGACUGAUGUAAAAUUGACUGUAACAAAUGAACUAUGCAGUUUUAAUUUUGUGUAUCUUCUUUUUAUUAAGUGCCUUUUUAUUAUGUACAUAUGUUACAAGGAACAUACACUACGAUAUAAAGAUGAACCCAACAGUUCAUCUAUAUUCUAUUGUAUUAACAAGUCUCAACUGUAAUCUGAAUUUCAUUGUUUCAUUUAUUCAAUGUUAUGAGAAAUCCUUUUAUUGCAUAAAAGCCUUUGAAAUUUG